CCUCCGUUCUCCCGCAGAGCGACUCGAUUCCCUGGAGGAACCUUCGAAAGCGGCGUGAAGAAAAAAAAAAAAGUCACCGACUCGCAUCCAUGGCCAACCAGCGGGAAGAAAGAUACACCUAUGAGGAUUGUAAGCGGACAGCAGAUUGGCUCCUGAGUAAAACCAAGCAUCGGCCCCGAGUAGCUAUCAUCUGUGGCUCAGGGCUUGGGGGGCUGGCUGACCUCCUGAAGGAUCAAGUGGUGUUUGAUUAUGCUAAGAUACCCAACUUUCCCCAAAGCACAGUUGUAGGCCAUGCUGGCAGGCUGGUGUUCGGAAACUUGAGUGAGACGCCGACUGUGGUGAUGCAAGGGCGCUUCCAUAUGUAUGAAGGCUACCCAUUGUGGAAGGUGACCUUCCCAGUUCGGAUCUUCCACCUGCUUGGCGUUGAAACCCUGAUUGUCACCAAUGCAGCUGGGGGGCUCAAUCCUGCCUUCAAAGUUGGGGACAUCAUGGUGAUCCAGGACCACAUCAACAUGCCUGGGUUUUCUGGGCAGAACCCUUUGAUGGGACCGAACGAUGAGAGGUUCGGCGUCCGCUUUCCAGCCAUGUCGGAUGCCUACAAUGAAGACUUGAGAAAACUGGCUAUCACGGUGGCUUCUGAAAUUGGCUGUUCUGGCUGCAUGAAAGAGGGGGUGUAUUGUGCCUUGGGAGGCCCCAACUAUGAGACCAUCGCUGAAUGCCGCUUCCUGCAGAGACUGGGUGUCGAUGCUGUUGGCAUGAGCACAGUCCCUGAGGUCAUUGUGGCCCGUCACUGCGGCCUCCGAGUUUUUGGCUUCUCCCUCAUCACCAACAAAGCCAUUCUGGACUAUGACACCAAAGAGAAGGCCAACCACGAGGAAGUCUUGGAAGCCAGCCGCCAGAGUGCCCGCACCCUUGAGAAGCUGGUCUCCAUGAUGGUGCAGCGCAUCGAACCCAACAACAAUCUAGCCUAGGGCCCAUCCAGCUCAUGAUUGUCCGCGUGACUUUUGGGCAAGGAGAGAAUAUGCUUCUUAUUAAAUCCUGCUGCUAAGAUUCCUACUCUCGGAUGGUGCAGACAUUGUGGUCUGGGAACUUUGCCGAGAGUGGAAUUAACAUCUUUUUAAUCCUGCCUACUUGUCUGCCUCUGACCAAGAAGCCCAUUUUUGUCUGUCUGAUUUUGUCUUUCGGUGUGUUGCCUGUGCAUGUGGGUAGCUCAUGUCCCUUUUAUCUCAUAUGUUCUCUGUAAAACUCCUUCAGAAUCCCCGGUGGAGCAGACCACGUAGUCACCUCAUGUGGGCCUGUUUUACUUUAAAAUGGGGGAUGUGUGAGGAACCUAGAAGUCCUUUUCUCGUUUCAAAAUGGCCGUUCUCUCAUCAGGAACCUAGCAAGAACUGGUUGCUUGUUUUUUUAAGGUUCCAUUUUGUUUAUGAUUACAGGUUUGGGUUCAGUUUUCUGAACCGUUGUUGACCACCAAAUUCAAUCUGUUAGAUGUUUGAGUCUUCUCCUGUGCUUGGGCAUUUUGAACAGAAAGUCUUAACCUAUAUGCAAUAACUUGUCUGGCCUCUCAUGUUUCCAAUACUUGAAAUGUUAUUCACGGCUUCUCCUUGCAAGUUUCCUUUGGUCCUUGAGGUUUUCUGUUGAAGCUGCAUUUUAAUGUCUUAUUAAUUAACUUAUUUCCAACCACGCUUGUGCUCCAAAGAAGCUACUGAAUGGCUCAGAACUUGAAUCCAUCAUCUUCAGGCAAUAAGCCGGCGAGAUCCCAUAUUCACAAAAUGUAGAUGACGAUGAUAAGUGAAUGUCAGGAUCUAUGUCAAAUUUAACCCAUCUGAAUGCACCUCCAUAGCAACUAGAAUAAAAGACCCUCCUGCAUGUAAAAAUGCACCCAGGUCCCAAUUGUCCCAAAGGUGCUUUUUCAAGAGGCAACUGGACUUAAUCAAAGACCAGUUUCCUCUUGAAAAAAGCAUUUUUGGGGCUCUUGUAAGCCGAAAUCUGUAAGAAAUAGCCUACUCAGUUGUGUCUCGUUAUCUUUUAUGAUCAUAGUCCUAUGUUCUUGCUUAAGGGAAAAUUGGUAUCCUUGUGUGUUUUUCUGUCUUUGUUUUCCUUAGCUUCCAGAUCUACCAGGUUCCCAAUCAGUCAAUGGGUGGGAGAUUAAAAACAGAUUUCUGGUUUAACAAGUAAUGUGAUUGGACCAUUGAACCUGCUAGUCCACAGGGAAACUUGCACAGUUUUUGCAAGUAGCCGAUAGUCUUGAGAAUCCCAAAUUCAUUAUGUGAUCCAGAGCAUCAGGUGAAAACUUCAUCCACAUUCAGCUCAAUCCAGAGAUUCAUUUGCACCUAGCUACUUUCAGGUGCAGGUAGGGGAGCCCAUCUCCCAUCCUCUGUCAUAGCUGGGAAAAGGGAAUUCUCUAAUUAGUUACUGCUGUUAAUCAUAUCUUCUUAGCCUAAUAAUUCUGUCUGUUUGCAGGGGAAACAAUAGAAGGCAAAUUAUGGCGCAUAGUGAUGAUGUCAACGCCCACAUGUCUUUUUGACAUCAUUGUGGCUUGUUUCAAAUACUGGUGCUGCUCAUGGGUCUUGUUUGGAGUUCCCAGUGAGUCACCUUAUGCAUCCUCGUGUGAAGGAAUAAGUCUACAGGUGUGCUGGAAAUGUCUUUCCUCUUCUAAUGUGGUCCUAGGAUUCAGCAGCUUUUUCUGAUUUAAGGAUAAGUUGUUUCUGUUGCAGUGCCUGCUACAUUCUGGGAUGAAUACAUUCAUUAGGGACAGAGAUGUUGGAGAGGAGAUCUACUGAUGUGAAAGUUUGUGGCUCAGAUUUUUGCCAAGACAGAUGUGUACACUGUAGGGAACCAAACAAUUGUGAAAUCAUUCUGGUGUAUUCUCAUAUUUUCCAUAAUGUGCAAAACUUACCAGGUGGAAUUUUUGCAAGAGAGAAGUCAAUUGCAGCUUUAGCUCUUGCAUAUGCAAUUUCCCUUUGAGGCACAGUUGCAAAGUCCAGCUGAAAAGCUUGGCUUAAAGGCGACCUUCCAGGCACCGAAAUCCAGAACCCCCCUCCCCAAUAAUGUGAAUUAGCCUUUUCUGUUGCAUAAAGGUACUAUUCCAAAAUGCAGUUUUUGAUUUCUGCUGGUAAAUCCUUUCUCUUUCUCCCCCUCCACCCCGUUCACCUUCCUGAUUCCCUCUUUCCCCUUUUCUCUCCGUACGCCCUGGAGUCCAAAACAGGCUCUUGCUGUCUUUCAAAUCACACCGAGGAAUCAAAGCAGAAUCAAAGUUGAUGACAGAUGAUGGUUCACUAAGCCUGGAAUGUUUCAAAUUAGACAUAACGAAUAUAUAUAUUUUUAGAGUGUCCGCAGUCUGCACUUUUUAUUUAAACUACUGUAAUGGAGUUCCCCCCUUUUAUGAAUUAUAACAUUAACUAAAUAAUAAAGUUAAUUUGGAAUGAGAAGACCGUUGUGGUUUGUACCGAUCUUUUCGGGUAAGAUGAUGAAAGAAAGAAAGGAAAAACGAUUGUGAGAUUUCCCGAGCAGUUUCCAAAUUCCCUAACAUUUCAGUUCAAGAAAAAGAAUUUUUU